GGUCUUUGAAAUAAGAGAAAGUAAGAAUAAUAAAAAAAAGGAAAAAACAAAGGGGCCCUCCUCUUCACGCAUAUCAAAACAGCAAAAUAAAAACCGAAACGCAUGCAUUUCUAUCUCUUUUAAACUUCCUCCUCCUCCCCCUAUUCUCAUCAUCAUCAUCUCUCUGACCUCUCUUUUCAUGGCCGUCGAUGCUCACCAUCUCCAUUUCUCUCCUCUUCAACUCUUCUCCAACAGAGACUUAGUGUUGAAUAAUAACAACAACACAACCAUGGAACCGACUAAUGGCGGUUUCUUCACGAAUAACCAAACCGGAUACGGCGUCGUUUCACCUUUCUCCGUGACAGACGAUUCGCCUCCUCUUCUUAACAUGUACGGCGGCUCCUCCACCGUUGAUACUAUCCCGACGACAACUGAUUCAUUCACUUAUUACCCCGAUGGUGGCAAUCUCAACUGUGAUUUGUUAUCUUUACACACGAGAAAACGCUCCAGAGAUUCAGUAUCGGAUUAUAAUCCUAGAUCAUGGUCACCGUGUGUUACUCCCUUUUCGUUUCUUGGCCAAGACAUUGAUAUCUCCUCUCACAUCAAUCAGCAACAGCACGACAUCGAUCGGUUUGUCUCCCUUCAUAUGGAGAGAGUGAGACUCGAGAUUCAAGAGAAGAGGAAGAGGCAAGCGAGGACGAUUAUGGAGGCUAUAGAGCGUGGAGUGGUGAAAAGGCUUCGUGCCAAAGAAGAAGAAAGAGACAGAAUCGGGAAGAUAAACCACGCGCUUGAGCAACGCGUGAGGUCACUCUCCACCGAGAACCAAAUCUGGCGGGAUCUCGCUCAGACCAACGAAGCGACCGCCAACAACCUCCGCAACAGCCUUGAGCAGGUACUGGCGCAGGUUAACGACUCUGGCGCAGGGUUAGAUAACGGAAACGGCGAUAACGACGACGAUGACGCGGAGUCGUGUUGCGGGAGUAGCGCGGGUGAAGAAACGGUUAGGAGCCGUAGGGUAGCGAUUGAGGCGCAUGAUAAGGCGGCGAAAGGUAGGAUGUGCAGAAACUGUGAGGAGGAGGAAUCGUGUGUGUUGCUUUUACCGUGCAGACACUUGUGCUUGUGUGGAGUGUGUGGGUCCAGUGUGCACACGUGCCCGAUCUGUAGUUCUCCCAAAAACGCUAGCGUUCAUGUCAACAUGUCAUCUUGACCCCGUUUAUGGAAACUCCCUCUUCAUUUUUUUUUUGUUAAUGGAAGUUUUAUUUUUUUUCUUUAACGAUUGUAAUUAGUUGAAUAUUUUAGUUAACAAAUCAAAAUCAGCAGAUUUAUCA